AUGUCGUCAAAACGUUCGACUGCAUCUGCAUGGUCAAUGGUUCGAAAUCGCUCUACUGCCGACCAUGCCUUUCCUCGUUCCGAGCUCGAUAAAUUUGGUACCGGACUUGUGUGGGAUGCAUUGCUAAGACAGCUCCCUGUCUCAGUUCCUUCAUCCAACACAAGUAUGGAAACCUGGCAGAAAACCUUCGGAAAUCUUUUUGAAUUGGGCGAAGGUGUACGGCAGGAAAGAACCUGGAAAGGAAUCGCGACUCUACUCGUCCUUAUGUUUGUUUGUUCACUGAUUGGCUUAGCCUCCCAUCUGUUCACACCAGGAGGAGAUAGUCUAACCCAAGACGACAAUGUCUCACAAUUGGUUGGAAACCGGAACUCCCUGAAACGGCUGCCUCAAAUAAUGAACUAUGGAGCGCAUUUUGUAGGAGACAAUGCAAUCGUUUAUACAAACAUUCUUCAUGGUCCUGUCCGGUUGUCUCUAGACAAAAUGGAGCCAGAACGCCUACUUAGAUUUAAUCCGGCCAUGGACUAUCCACUUCCUUCAUACGAUUAUCGAUAUUAUGCUCUCUGUACACGGACGUCUUCCUAUGACACAGGAAAAUUCAAUGCCACGUACAAGGUCUCAAUCUUGGACAGAGAGCUAGUUGCCGUGCAUGAUAGAAAUUAUAAUGGGUCUUUGCCUAUGGAACUAGAGAGAAAACUGUAUUAUAAGGUGGGCGUUACAAAAACCGACGGCGAAACACUGCGGUUUUUUAAAUGGAGUCCCGUUAGUUACGAAUACGUUUUCUGGCAAGAUGGCCAUCUCUACUACUCAGAAUCUCCCGAGUCGCUCACUACUUCAGUUCGGAUCACCAGCGAAGGACUGAACUGGGAGUAUGAAAUUCCCGAUCCGCCUCAUUCUAGGGACGUUUUCGAUCAUCAUUGGAAGACAGUUUGGUGGUCUAGGAAAGGCAAGAAGCUGGCUUUUCUCAGCAAGGAUAAAGAGGAGGAAAAUUCGAUGCUGCUGAUCAGCUACACAGAUCGGAAAAGCUAUCCGAGUGUGAUACAACAAAAGUGUUCAAAAACUAACGAGAAACAAUUACCAACAUUCAUUCUUUUCGUAUGGGAUAAGGAGACCCGCGAACUAAAGCAGAUGGACGUGAAACUAAGGAACAGAACAGCAUAUCACUAUCUUUAUGCAGUGCAAUGGGUGGUGAUGCGAGGCGAAGAAUUUCUUGUCACUUUUUGGGCAGAUAGACUCCAAACGCACAUCUCCAUGACCAUCUGUGAUCACACGUCGGGUAAUUGCGAACUGAUGUUCGAACACGAGUAUCCUAGCAAAACGUGUCUGGAAAUUUCCGACUUCUCAUCCGCAUUGAGCAGUGACGAUGCUAUUUAUAUCCUUUUGCCGCGAGCCAUGCCGGAUGGAAACAGUUACCAACAUAUAGCUAAGCUAACUAUCCAGAGAGGUACGGCGAAAGGAGCAGAAGAUAUGAAAUGGGCUAAGUCAUCAUUCCUUUCAAUAGGGAACUUUGACGUCGUGGAAUUAAAUGCCUAUGAUAAAAACAAUGACAUCGUGUAUUUCACAGCCUCAGCGCCUUCACCAACCAACCGGCAUCUAUAUUCUACGAAAGGAUCACCGACAAGUGCUGAUGAGUGGAAAUGCAUAUCCUGUGGAUAUUCCAACUGUACCUUCCAAAUCAAUCAGUUGACAUCCGACUUCAAGCAUAUACUCAUGUGGUGCAAGGGACCAGCGCUUCCACGAUAUUACCUUGGCGAAAUUGUUGGACGGAAAGUUGAAAACUUGGUGGAAAUCCUAAGAGACGAAUAUUACGAGGGAAUGUUGGCUUUGACAAGAUUACCAACUGUCAUACGCGACAUCGUGCCGCUGAAACAAGGAUAUGAAGCCAAUGUGAAGAUCUACCUUCCACCUGAUCAAUCAGUUCGAUCUAGUUCCAUACCAGUGCUGCUCAACGUUUACGCUGGCCCUCCAGGCCUUCAGAUGGCUAACGAUGAAUUUUUCACGAUGGAUGAGUUCGCAAUGAUCGUAGUCGCUUCACAAAAUUAUGCUGUGGUAAUGAUAGAUGGACGUGGAUCAGGCGGACGUGGAUGGAAGUACCGAGGGGCCUUCUACGGCGCACUAGGCACCGUGGAGAUCGAAGACCAAAUAGAAGGGAUUCGACAGGUGAUGAGGAAAUAUCCCUUCCUUGACGCUCAUCGUCUUUCGGUAUAUGGAUGGUCUUACGGAGGAUUUGCAGCUGCACUGAUGACUGAAAAAGCGCCUGAAUCAUUUUUUAAAUGUGCAAUUUCAGUCGCUCCGGUUGCUAACUUUUUUUAUUAUCACGGGUCGUACUCCGAAAAAUACAUGGCGAAUGCUGAGAAGUCCGGCUAUGAUGCUAUCGACAUUACUAAAAAUGUGGCGAAUUUCAGGAAAACUCGCUUGUUACUGGCUCAUGGAUUGUAUGAUGAAAACGUUCACUUCCAACACAGUGCGCUUUUAAUUGAAGCUCUGCAACGAAAUGAUAUUGACUUUGAUGUUAUGGUGUAUCCAAAUGAAGACCAUACUAUAGGGCCAUCCCGGUUCACUUUGCAGACGAAAAUAGCGUCGUUCCUUGAACAAUGUGCCAAAAGUGUAUGA